UCUAAAGGCCAUGCGUCAUACACCGUCUGCCAGCCGCCGGAAGGCCGCUACACCUAAACGUCGACCUCCGCAACCUGUCCCACUACCCUCAACAUCCAGUUCCCCCAGAUUAACUCGACGUUCAGGGCGUCAACCAGAAACUCCCAAGAAGAAAAGAUUUCGUCCAGGAACAAAGGCCCUGAUGGAGAUUCGUAAAUACCAGAAGAGCACUGAUUUACUGCUCAGGAAAGCUCCUUUUGCUCGUGUGGUGAGGGAGGUUGCACAGAAUUUUUCCAGUCAUCCACUGAAUUGGCAGGUCUAUGCUCUUUUGGCCCUGCAGGAGGCAGCGGAGGCGUUUCUUGUUUUGUUGUUCAGUGACGCCAACCUGUGUGCCAUCCAUGCCAAGCGGGUCACACUGUUUCCCCGUGACAUUCAACUGGCCCGCAGGAUUCGUGGAGUUGUCCACAUGUAAAUGCAUUACUGGGGACGACCUCCAAAAGAAAGGACUUUUUUUUUUUGCAGUACUCUGUUUUCUUGCUUUGCUGUACCAUGUUGUUGUUCAUAUUAAUAGUGGCAACAGUUAAUAAUUGUAAUAGUUUCAUCAUAAUCUAGAAACACGUUAUCACUGACUUUCAACCUCUAGAUUAUAGAUAGACCCAUCUUAUAUUUAGAACUAGAUUUCUGCUCAAGUGUUCAACUAUAUUAAAUUUGAUUGUGUUUUCACUUUUUAUCACUGUGUUUGAGUUGUAUUGCCAGUUUGCAUUGUGCCUCUUUAAUGGGUUC